AUGAAAGAAAUAGCAACAAAUAGUGACAGCUUCUAUCUCUUUCUAGUCUACACUUAUUUGCGUGACGACAGCUAAUAAGACCAAUAAGCGUCGACUAGAAAGAGAUAGAAGCUUCCAACUAUUUGUUACUAUCUCUCUCACUCUUGCGGAUAAUUCCACAACCUGGUAUCAGCAGUCUAUCCUUUAUAUAUACCUAUGUAUAUAGCGUAUAAAUUCAUUUGUCAUAUAAACGAACCAGAUAAAACAUGUGACCUGUAGGCACGAAGCAUACUUGAGAAUUAAAGUGUAUAACAGUUAUUUAUUUUCACCGAUAUAACUUUAUUUAUUAUUUUGAGUUGUGAUUUGGUUAACAUGUUGAAGACCUUUAACAAGUUUUGUGUACUUUCUGCUAGUUAUUCAACAGGUGGAUUUGCAUUGAAGUCUUCAAGUAGACUAACAACAAUGAGGGAAAAACUUGAAAAAGAUAUUGGUUCUGUACUCAGAGAUUCAUUUGGUCGCCAUCAUACAUACCUCAGGAUUUCUCUGACAGAAAGGUGUAAUUUGCGAUGUACAUACUGUAUGCCUGCAAAUGGAGUUGAACUUACAAAAAAAGAAAAACUUUUAAGUACUCAUGAAAUAAUCCAGUUGGCUGAUCUUUUUGUUAAAGCAGGCAUCAAUAAAAUUCGUCUAACUGGAGGAGAACCAACAGUGAGGAAAGAUAUUGUAGACAUUGUUGCACAUUUAAAAGGUAUCAAAGGAUUAGAAACUCUUGCCAUGACUAGUAAUGGAAUUAUGCUGACUAGACUGCUACCAUCUUUACAGAAAGCUGGUUUGGAUUUACUGAACAUUUCUUUAGAUACUUUGAAGCCAGAACGCUUUGAAAAAUUCACAAGGAGAAAUGGAUGGACCCGAGUUAUGGCUUCCAUUGACUUAGCAAUACAAUUAGGAUAUAAACCUGUAAAAAUAAAUACUGUGAUCAUGAGAGAUUUUAAUGAAGAUGAAUUAGUGGAUUUUGUAGAGUUAACAAAGAAUAAGCCUUUAGAUGUGAGAUUCAUUGAAUACAUGCCAUUUUCUGGCAACAAUUGGAAUAGUAGUAAAAUGGUUCCAUUUUCUGAAAUGAAAAAGAUCAUUAAAAAAAAAUAUCCAGAGUUUAAAAGACUGUCGGAUAAACCUAAUGAUACAUCAAAGGCUUAUCGCGUGUCCGGAUAUCAAGGGCAAGUAGGUUUUAUUACUUCAAUGAGUGAAAACUUCUGCAGCUCCUGUAAUCGUUUAAGAAUAACCGCAGAUGGAAAUUUGAAAGUAUGCCUAUUUGAGGGUAAAGCAGAAGUGUCUUUGCGAGAUGCCUUGAGAAAUGGGGCUUCCACUGACGAUUUGAAAGACUUGAUUAAACAUGCUGUACUUCGGAAGAAGAAGCAACAUGCAGUGAAAUCUACAUCCAAAUGGAAAAACGUAACCAUGGUAUCUGGGAAUAAAAUAAUAGGUUUAAUAGGAUUUUCAUCGCAGCGGGCGAGAUGUUUCUCUUCAUUGACGCACGUAGAUGAAAGCGGAAAAGCAAAAAUGGUAGACGUGGGAUUUAAAAAGCCGAGCGAGCGCAGCGCACGAGCCAAAGGAUACAUCCAUGUCGGAGCCCUAAUUAGCAAGCUGAUUGCAGAAAAUAGCUUAAAAAAGGGCGAUGCCCUGACGGUAGCUCAGUUAGCUGGAAUAAUGGCUGCUAAGAAGACGUCGGAGUUAAUACCUCUAUGUCAUCCUCUAACGAUCAAUUGCGUGAGCGUAGAGUUGCGUUUGAAUGAGGAACUGCAUAGGGUUGAAAUCAGCGCAGAAGUUUGUUGCAGUGGCAAAACUGGUGUUGAAAUAGAGGCACUAACGGCCGUCAGCGUGGCAGCUCUCACGGUAUUCGAUAUGUGUAAAUCUGUAGUUGCUGCCCCAGACAUAAUGCAUAUAUCCUGCGUGGAAUUGGUAUCGAAGACAGGUGGCAAAAGAGGUGACUUUCACAGGCAAUAGUAACUAAUUUAUGUUUAUUUUUUCCGUACAAAUAUAGCGUAAUUUACAAAAAUAAUAAUAAUAAUAAUAAAGAUGAUGAUAGUAAUAAUGACAAUGUUAAUGAUAAUGAUAAACGAAACAACAACGAUAAAGAUUAUUAACGCUACGAAAG